AUGACGGAUAUAUCACAGAUAGCGAACAAGCUUCCAGGCGUCUUGACUAAUCUGCAACCCCUCGGUCCGGGUAUAAAGGAGAGCCCAGAGUUUCCAGGCAUGCCGGAUCCCUGCGCGGGGCCCAAGCGGAUGACGGGUGUGGAGGACAUCCUCUGUAUGAAACCCCCGACAUUCCUGCCGGAUUACAAGAACCCCUGUUGGCUCGAUGGCAACACGUUCCGCUGCCUUCCAUACUUCCAACUGAUCGGAAUGUGCAAGAGCGCAACUUCCGACUUAUUCAAGCGUCUGCACAUGCACCCGGAUAUCAUUCCGAACAGGGGCAUUUUUGGGAAAGAAAUCUGGUACUGGUCAUGGAGGCGAUUUGAAACAACGGGUAAAUUCGGCAAGUUCAAGAUGGGAAUGACCUUGGAAGAGUUUACAAACCAGUUCUUUAGUUCCAAAUUGCAGACCACAAAUACCAAUGGCAAACACAACAAAAUCACGGGUAACGGUGAUCCAAUGGACUUUUGGGACCGCUUCCGUGAGAGCAACCUGCCGCAAAACACGCCCGGCGCCGACGAGCUGCUCUGGACGACGCCAUAUGCCGUCCACCACGUCAACCCGAACGUCAAGCUGCUACUCAUGCUACGGAAUCCCGUCGACAGGUUGUAUUCUCACUAUUUCCAUGGUCAAUACGGCAAAACGGCACAAUCCUUCCAUGACCAUGUGGCUCCAAUCUUUACGAGCUUUUACAUCGUGCACCUGUUGGAGUGGCUAAAUGCGUUUCCGCGGGAGCAGAUCUUGAUUUUCCGGAACGAGGAUUACACGGUGGACAUAAAGGGCACCAUGACGGACAUAUUCCGCUUUUUAAACGUCGACGUCCCCAACGACCGCGUUCUCACGCAGAUGGCAAACAUGGCCCCAUUCUACGAGUCAAAGAAGCGGAAGUCGGCCGGGCCCAUGCUACCAGAAACCAAGCGCCUUCUGGUGGAGCUCUAUCGGCCCUACAACGAGCAGCUCGCGGCUUUCCUCGGGGACGAGAGAUUCGCCUGGCGCGACGCCUCUUUUGCCACCGCAUAG